GUCUGUCUUCGCCCUCAGAUGCUGGAGAAUCAGAUGGAGGUGCGGAAGAAGGAGAUCGAAGAGCUCCAGAGCCAGGCUCAGGCCCUGAGCCAGGAGGGGAAGAGCACGGACGAGGUGGACAGCAAGCGCCUCACCGUGCAGACCAAGUUCAUGGCGCUGCUGGAGCCCCUGAACGAGAGGAAGCAGAACCUACUGGCCUCCAGAGAGAUCCAUCAGUUCAACAGGGACGUGGAGGACGAGAUCUUGUGGGUUGGAGAGAGGAUGCCUUUGGCAACUUCCACGGAUCACGGCCACAACCUCCAGACCGUGCAGCUGUUAAUAAAGAAAAAUCAGACCCUGCAGAAGGAGAUCCAGGGGCACCAGCCCCGCAUCGACGACAUCUUUGAGAGGAGCCAGAACAUCGUCACGGACAGCAGCCUCAAUGCCGAGGCCAUCCGGCAGAGGCUGGCCGACCUGAAGCAGCUGUGGGGCCUCCUCAUCGAGGAGACGGAGAAGCGGCACCGGCGGCUGGAGGAGGCACACAAGGCCCAGCAGUACUACUUUGACGCGGCCGAGGCCGAGGCGUGGAUGAGCGAGCAGGAGCUGUACAUGAUGUCCGAGGAGAAGGCCAAGGAUGAGCAGAGCGCCGUCUCCAUGUUGAAGAAGCACCAGAUUCUGGAACAAGCCGUGGAAGACUACGCGGAGACGGUGCAUCAGCUCUCCAAGACCAGCCGGGCCCUGGUGGCCGACAGCCAUCCUGAAAGUGAGCGCAUCAGCAUGCGGCAGUCCAAGGUGGACAAGCUGUAUGCGGGCCUCAAGGACCUGGCCGAGGAGAGGAGGGGCAAGCUGGACGAGCGGCACCGGCUGUUCCAGCUCAACCGGGAGGUCGACGACCUGGAACAGUGGAUCGCCGAGAGGGAGGUGGUCGCAGGGUCGCACGAGCUGGGGCAGGACUACGAGCACGUCACGAUGCUACAAGAACGAUUCCGGGAAUUCGCCCGGGACACAGGGAACAUUGGGCAGGAGCGCGUGGACACGGUCAAUCACAUGGCAGACGAACUCAUCAACUCUGGACACUCGGAUGCCGCCACCAUCGCCGAGUGGAAGGAUGGGCUCAACGAAGCCUGGGCUGACCUCCUGGAGCUCAUCGACACGAGGACGCAGAUCCUCGCCGCCUCCUAUGAACUGCACAAGUUUUACCACGAUGCCAAGGAGAUCUUUGGGCGCAUCCAGGACAAGCACAAGAAACUCCCCGAGGAGCUCGGGAGAGAUCAGAACACAGUGGAGACCUUACAGAGAAUGCACACCACGUUUGAGCACGACAUCCAGGCUCUGGGCACUCAGGUGAGACAGCUGCAGGAGGAUGCAGCCCGCCUCCAGGCCGCCUAUGCAGGCGACAAGGCCGAGGACAUCCAGAAGCGGGAGAACGAGGUCCUGGAAGCCUGGAAGGCCCUGCUGGACGCCUGCGAGGGCCGCAGGGUGCGGCUGGUGGACACGGGGGACAAGUUCCGCUUCUUCAGCAUGGUGCGCGACCUCAUGCUGUGGAUGGAGGAUGUCAUCCGGCAGAUCGAAGCCCAGGAGAAGCCACGGGAUGUGUCCUCUGUUGAACUAUUAAUGAAUAAUCAUCAAGGUAUCAAAGCAGAAAUCGAUGCUCGUAAUGACAGUUUCACGACCUGCAUUGAACUUGGGAAAUCGCUGCUGGCGAGGAAGCACUACGCAUCAGAGGAGAUCAAGGAGAAGUUACUGCAGUUGACGGAAAAGAGGAAAGAAAUGAUUGACAAGUGGGAAGACCGAUGGGAAUGGUUAAGACUGAUCUUGGAGGUCCAUCAGUUCUCAAGGGACGCCAGUGUGGCCGAGGCCUGGCUGCUCGGACAGGAGCCCUACCUAUCCAGCCGAGAAAUAGGCCAGAGUGUGGACGAGGUGGAGAAGCUCAUCAAGCGCCACGAGGCUUUUGAAAAGUCUGCAGCGACCUGGGACGAGAGGUUCUCCGCCCUGGAAAGGCUGACGACAUUGGAGCUACUGGAAGUGCGCAGACAGCAAGAGGAAGAGGAGAGGAAGAGGCGGCCGCCUUCUCCUGAGCCGAGCUCGAAGGUUUCCGAGGAGACGGAGUCCCAGCAGCAGUGGGAUACUUCCAAAGGAGAGCAAGUUUCCCAGAAUGGUUUGCCGGCUGAACAGGGAUCUCCACGGAUGGCAGAAACGGUGGACACGAGCGAAAUGGUCAAUGGCGCUGCAGAACAGAGGACAAGCUCGAAAGAGUCCAGCCCCAUCCCCUCUCCCACCUCCGAGCGCAAAGCCAAGACUGCCCUCCCGGCCCAGAGUGCUGCCACCUUGCCGGCCAGGACCCAGGAGACGCCUUUGGCCCAGAUGGAAGGCUUCCUGAAUCGGAAGCACGAGUGGGAGGCCCACAAUAAGAAGGCCUCAAGCAGGUCCUGGCACAAUGUUUACUGUGUCAUAAAUAACCAAGAAAUGGGUUUCUACAAAGAUGCAAAGACAGCUGCUUCCGGAAUUCCCUACCACAGCGAGGUCCCUGUGAGUUUGAAAGAAGCCAUCUGUGAAGUGGCCCUUGAUUACAAAAAGAAGAAACACGUGUUCAAGCUAAGACUAAAUGACGGCAAUGAGUACCUCUUCCAAGCCAAAGACGAUGAGGAAAUGAACACAUGGAUCCAGGCCAUCUCCUCUGCCAUCUCCUCCGAUAAACACGAGGUGUCUGCCAGCACCCAGAGCACGCCAGCAUCCAGCCGGGCUCAGACCUUGCCCACCAGCGUUGUCACCAUCACCAGCGAGUCCAGUCCCGGCAAACGGGAGAAGGACAAAGAGAAAGACAAAGAAAAGAGGUUCAGCCUUUUUGGCAAAAAGAAGUGAACUCCUUUCCGUCACCUCCUGCCCUUCUCUUAACCUUUUCAGUGAAAUUCCAGCAUGCAAGCUCAGAACCAACACAUUACUCUCUGUGCCUAAAUGUUCCUCAAUGUGGUUGAUUUUUUUCUUUUAAUUUAUAGAGCAUUUCUCGGGGGGGUGGGGUGGGGAAAAUACACCUAAACACUUUAUCUCCAAGUUACAAAAAAGCUUGAGGUGCAGAGGGAAGACCAGAUUUUUUUAAACGAAAUUAUAUAGAUUAGAUCUCAAUAUUUAAACUGUUCCUCAAUUUUGUGAGGCUGUGUUGGAAAUAACCCGCCUCUAGUGCUGUUGGUAUGCAAGGCAGCGGUGCUUAAACAGUACUUCCUGUGCUCACCACAGACAAAAUGUACCACCUUCCCAACACCAUUCUCUUCCAUUUACUUCCAGUGGUUACCUUGAGUCUUGACUCUUAGAAGUGCCCACGAUGGGUCUAACCUGGAAUAAACAGAUUGUGUAUUAUGAUCUCGCUGCAGCCGCAGUGCAGCUCCAUUGUUAAUUCUACAGACCAAACCGUUUGUAUCAGGCAUCACUUACUAACACACGACAUGCGGCUUUUCUGCAUCAACCUGGACGACGGUUAAGAAUGUCGGGAUCCAAGAAGGAAUAGAAAACUGAUACUGUUUUAAAUAAUCUGUAAUUUCAAUUUUUUUUUUUUUUUUUGCUGAAAUACAUUAUAUUGUAUGUUUGAGAUAAUUCUAGUACAAA